GGAGAGGAUGGGGUGGGGGGGAUAGGGAAACGCCGGUGUGCGCGCGCGCGCCGUCCUGUCGCUAUUGAAACUUAAUCCCGGAUUACCGGAGUGUCUGGUCACCGGACCGUCUGAUUACGGCGGGGGGAAAGUUUUGUUCGCGCGCGCUCCGCUCUCCGUUGCAAAGCACCUGAAAUGCGAUCCAUAGGAGCGCUUUUCCUCCUCUCCGCCUGCGCGUUAACGGCGUACUACAUCUACACGCCCGUUCCGGACAAUAUAGAGCAGAGAUGGAAGCUCAUGAUUACCGACUGUUUCUUCAGGACUUUGAGUCACUUGGCAGACUUCAGCGAGCUGCUAGGUCUGACCAGCUACAUGGACGUGAUGAUGUUCAUCACUUUCCUAGAAAGAGUCAUACCCGUGUCAGACGAGAGGGUGAAGGUGGUGGAAGAGCGUUUCGACGGCGUGGAGGUCGUGGUCUAUGAACCCAGACAGGACAGAGGAACAGGCGUGAGGAGGAGAGCCAUCAUCUACCUGCAUGGUGGAGGAUGGUGUCUCGGCAGCUCCAAAAUGGGUCCGUAUGAUCUCCUGUCCAGGCAGAUGGUUACAGAACUAAACGCAGUGGUCGUUUCUGUCGAGUACCGUCUAGCCCCUCCUCACCACUUCCCUGUUCCAUAUGAGGAUGUUUACCGCGUAGUGAAGUAUUUCUUCCAGCCUGAGGUUCUGGAGAGGUACGAGGUAGACCCGGAGCGUGUCGCGGUGUCAGGGGACAGUGCUGGAGGAAACCUGGCGGCUGCUGUGACACAGCAGCUGCAGCUGGAACCAAACCAGCAUGUGAAACUAAAGGCGCAGGCUUUAAUCUACCCGGCACUGCAAGCCCUGGAUCUGAACACACCGUCAUACCAGCAGAACCAGCACAUGCCGAUCCUGCCACGUACGCUCAUGGUACGCUUCUGGAGCGAGUACUUCACCACUGACAAAACGUUUCUUACUGCCAUGAUGACCAACAAUCACAACAACGCGGAAUCCGUCGCAAUGCUCAAAUUCGUCAACUGGAGCGUCUUCCUGCCGGAGCCGUACCACCGGCCGUACAACUACAGCACCUUGUCUGUAUCAACUGAAAAAACCUCGCUGUCGCUAGCGGACCCACGAGCAUCGCCGUUGCUCAUGCCUGAUGCCGUGCUGCGUCAGCUGCCUAAAACCUACAUUCUGACGUGCGAGUACGACGUGCUGCGUGACGACGGCGUGAUGUAUGUAACACGCUUGCGUCUGGCCGGCGUCGACGUGACACACGAACACUACAAAGAAGGCUUUCAUGGCACAAUUAUGUUCACGCUGUGGCCCACCGAGUUUGAAGUCGCCCGCAGAAUGACGAACAAUUAUCUGCUGUGGCUGAAGGAAAACUUGUAAAAGGAUAUUUGCUACAAAAUUGGUUUACAUAAAUACCUUGUCUCGGAGACUCCUUCCCAGCACCAAGCUGCAUUUAGAUAGCUGCAUUUUUUUGUCUGUCUGUUUCAUGUGUUUCCUGUUUUUAUAGGGCCCAGUCUGAUUAACUGAUGUUAGAUUAUCAGGGUGUAAUAUUUUGACUCAUUUUGGCUCAUAGAUAAAAAAGUGGAGAAAUUAAUAUUUUUUUAAAAAAACUAUAUGAGUCUCUUGAUUUAUAUCAGUAUAACAUUUUGCCAGCGUUUUUUUUUUUUAAGUCUCAUUUCUUUACUGACAUCCUCAGACAUUCUGGUAAUUUCUCAUGUUUUCCACUCUUUAGGCUCAAUGGGGGUUUGGCAAGAAGUAAAGUAAAAGCACAUGCUAUUUUUUUUUUUUUAAAUGUGAAACUCAUACGGGUUUAUUCUGUUGACUUUCUUCCACCAUGGCUGUAUUCUUAAGUGCCUCAGAAUGUGUGUGCACAGAACAACCCAGAACUAAGGAGUGUUAAAAUAUAUAGCUUUUAAUUCCACUCGAGAUAUCUGAAGCAUGCCGUGAGGCAACACACUCUUAUCAAGCUGAUUUAUUGCCCCUCCCACACACACCCUCAUCACUACUCCAGGUCUGGUUUAUUAUUAAAGCACAUUAGCGUUACUAUAGUAACAUGUAAUUCACAAGGACUUGUAUGAUGGACACUCCAGAAAAAAAUUAAUGUGUAGCAAUUUUGGAAGGAGUCUCCAGUAUCAGCACUUUGUAACAUGAGGAAAGAGGAAAGAUGCUGAUAAGGGAACAGCUGUUUAUAGCUACUACUGUAUAACAUAAGCGAUAACUUGUUUCAUGGACAUUCCAAGACAUUAAAUAUAUAUAACUAUAAAUGGA